AUGAAAAUGAUUAGAAGAGGUUAUUCCAAUUUAGCCGGUGGGUUUAUCCCAAGAUUUGAGUUUCCAAAUUAUAAUAUUACUACAACUGACUUCAAAGGACAUCAGAUGAAAGCAGUUCAAAGGUUUAAACGGAUGUUACCACAGCUGAAUUUAAUAUUAGAACUAAGAGAUCUGAGAGCUCCAUUGAGUACUAGAAACCCGUUAUUUGAUCAAUUGCUCUUAGGGAAACACAAUAAUAGCACAUUACAGAAGCUUGUCGUUUACACUAAGAAAGAUACGAUGAUAUCAGAGAAUCAUAAAGAGAAUGAGAGAAUAAUCAACAAAUUGAAAGUGUGGCAUGGUGAACUUAAUGAAAAAUUCAUGGUUAUUAAUUGUAAAAACAAUAAAGAUGUUACCAAUUUGAUGAAGAUUAUUAAAUGGACAAAACAUGUUACAGAGGAAAAUAGUAACGUAUUACCAAUGGGUUAUAAAGUUUUGAUAAGUGGGAUGCCAAAUGUUGGGAAAUCAACUUUGGUUAACUCAUUAAGAGGUCUUUCAGGUGUGAAAAGAACUGACAAAAAAAAACAAAAAGUGGCCAGAACUGGUGGAGAGGCUGGUAUAACUAGAUCUACGAGUGAAGUAAUUAGGAUUUCAAAUGAUCCUGGGAAAUCAGAUAUAUACUUGAUCGAUACACCAGGUAUUGGCCUUCCAGGAAGAUUAACCCAUUCAACGAAUAAAAUGAUAGUAUUAUCCUUAUGUGGUUGUGUGAAAAGUAGUUUGAUAGAUCCCGUAAUUCAAGCUGAUUAUUUGUUAUAUUUAAUGAAUUUACAAAAUGCUCAAGGUUUAGAAAGGUAUCCCAAGGAAUCAGAGUAUCCUACAAAUAAUGUGACACAAGUCCUUAAAAGGGUAGCCAAUCCAUUAGGUUUCAAAUCAGGUGGAGCUCAAUUCGACGAAAAACUUGCAAAUAUUGCGUCACAAUGGGUAAACACCUGGAGACAACAUAGGAAAGGAGAUAUUGGAAUCUUUUUUGAUCCAGAGAUUUUAUUGGAGUCAAAUGAUUUUAAAUAUAAGGAUUACAUUCUCUCAGAGGCAGAAAAAUUGAGAAGUUUUUAUGAAAGUAUUAAUGGAACUGCUAGAAAAAAUCCAAUGCAUAAUAACAUCAAUCAACUAUUUGUUGAUCAAUAG